AUGGUGAAAAACGGGAAAUCCGAGAAAGCGCAUGUCGCUAAGGAGUACGAGGAGGGAGAACAGGAGGAUUUCCGCUUUAUCUACGAGACCAUGCUGAUAACCUCUAUCAUGAGCAAGGAGGCUGAGAAACAUGUCGAGCAGAAGAAGGUCGACCUUCCGCCCAUCGAGAAAUGGUUGGAACGGAGGGAAGAGAUUCGCAAGAUCGAGCAGCCGAAAGAGAGAUCCUGUCUUAUCGGUGAACAAAGGUUUCAUUCGAAGUACGAGGUGUCCAAGCUCAUCCCAGUUUACUUGAAGGAUAUGCUCUCCUGGAAGAGGUAUCACCAGAAAUACCUUCUCGUUCGCAUCGCUGCUGCUCCCGUCCUCUCGCUAGGCGCUUUGACGACCAUCAUGGAUCCUCAAGGAAGUGUGAUCUUUUUGGAGACUUACGAAGAUCCGCUCUUCCCCCUCAGCGUCCGUAGCGAGGGAGGGUCAGUCGACCCAGAGUCCGAAGAUUACGCUAGAGUAUUUCGUAAAGGACGGUACCUCUUGAUUAAAGAACCUCGUAUUCACGAUCAGCCACACGAGAAGAAGGGCUCUCACGGACUGCGUAUCGACACGUGGACCGACUUAGUUUGGUUGGAAGCCAACGACCCGCUUGUCACCUCGGUACAGUGGGCCGAUCCGAGCAAGGUCUUUGAGGCUCACGAUAUCGCUGAGAAGAAUCGGGUCAAGAGUCAAACGCUCGAGGAUGUAAGGCGCAUGGGUGAUGAGGCUCACAAACAGGGGCACUUUUUACUCGCCGAACAACACUACUCUACCGGUCUUGUCAACUUCCCAGAGGACCCAAACCUCGAUCAGCUCUACUUGAGUCGCUGCGCAAACAACUUCAUCCUGGAGCGCUACCCAACCGCUCUCGAUGAUGCUUCCAGGGCGCUCGAUCUCGUUCAGAAGCGUCUCCAAGCCUCCGAGCUGGCUUCCCGCGACUACGCUGCUGCGGCCGGUUUGGACGAAAAAGCUCGUACCCUCCAAGCCAAGUGCUAUUACAGCAUGCGAGACUGGAAAAGGGCAAAGUCCGCCUACGACGAUGUUAUCGUACGAUACUCCACCAACGUAGACGCUCUUGAAGGGUCUCUCGCCUCUGCUGCUCGCUUAAAAGAGGCAUCCACCGGGUGCUACGAUCUCCUCGACCUUUUCAAUCAGACACGAGAAGGCAAAUACCACCUCGACGCCGCCGAUUAUGUCGGACCGGUCGAGAUCAUGCAACUUCCCGAUUCUCGCCUUGGUCUGAAGACGACCCGCGCGGUCAAGGCCGGCGAACUCUUGGUGGCGAACAAGGCUGUUGCCUCUGUCUUCCCCUCGGAUUGGGCUGGAGACAAAAAGACGAUGAACCGAAACAUGAUCAUCAUGGUUCACGAGGGUCCCAGCGCUUCGAGACUGCAUGCACAGCUCAAGUACAAGUGGGAGCACCAACCGCAACUCCGUUCGUUGUUCGAUAGGAUGCCGUUGGGGCCGAACGCCAAGCCUCCGAAAGCAUUCAGGGUGGCGGACAUGUACACCUUGAAACCGAAAGACGAGCGAAACAAGCCGAUGGAUAUGGCCGCUAUCGAUCGUAUCGCGUCGUAUGCGGCCAUGCAUUUCAGUCCUGUCACCCACUUGGGCGAGGUCGAAGGCGCGACUGAAAAGGACGGAGAUCCACGUGGUCUCUUCCCUUACUCUACCUUUAUUCACCAUGCCUGUCUGGGCAACGCGACCUACAGAUGCAUCGGCGACAUCCAGUUCGUUCGCGCUCAGGAAGACAUCCCAGCCGGGACUCAAAUCUUCAUGUCAUACCUCCCCGACAAGGAAUACCUCCACCGUCGAAGGUUCCUCGUCGAGAGGCUGGGUGGCGAGAUGCUCACCUGUCCCUGUCUCAUGUGCAACGAUGACGCCCUCGACGGAAGACCAGGGGUCGACGACCGGGGUACUUUAUGGAUGCACUUCGAAAAGAUUUUGGAAGCGGGUGACGGUUUACUCUUGGGCAGUCUGCCCUAUGCCGAGAACCAUUUGCGGGUUUGUAAGAACCACGUCAAAGCCAGGAGCGAUUUCUACGAUAACAGGCGUGUUAGCGGGAUCAAGUUCGAGCUCUUCCAACUGUAUUCUCGUAUGGUCCUCUCUUGGAUCGCUAUCGGCAAACCUACCUACACCCAGGUCAUCGAGGCAAGCAAGGACGGCCUUCGUUGCGUUGGCGUCAUCCUCGCCAACGAUCGCAGGGACCCCUCCCGUCGUCCUAUUCAGGAUCUUCCCAUCAAUUCUCCCAUCCUUUCCUUGCCUCGUAUGUAUCACGCCAAAGCGAUCUGGCUUAUGGCGGUCAUCGCUGGCUCGUACCAUCAGCUCGCGGAUCCCGACGAGGCCAAGCGAUGGGCGCAGGCGAUGGUCUGGGCGGAUCAGAUAGUCUGCGGUUCCUCUUUGGAUCUGUUCAAGGAGAUGCACAAGAGCCAUAUCGACGCUUUCAAGAUUGAGCAGUAUCUCUAA